AUGUUGUCAGCGCUUCGUCGCGCUGUUCUCGUUUCUCCUACUCGUGGGUUGGCCUCAGCGGCUACUCCAGCUCUUCCAAGCACGAGCGAAGCUCCAAAGGGAAUUGGCAAAACCGGUACUCCUUUCUUGGAGACUUCAUCAGCUGGUGAAUAUGCUCUUGCUCGUCUUGACGAUGUAAUGAAUCUUGCUCAAAGAGGUUCCAUCUGGCCUUUGACUUUCGGUUUGGCUUGUUGUGCCGUAGAAAUGAUGCACUUCGCUGCUCCCAGAUACGAUAUGGAUCGUUACGGAGUCGUUUUCCGUGCAUCUCCAAGACAGGCUGACUUGAUUUUCGUCGCUGGAACCGUAACGAACAAAAUGGCUCCUGCUCUUCGUAGAAUUUAUGAUCAGAUGCCAGAAGCAAAAUGGGUAAUUUCCAUGGGAUCCUGCGCUAAUGGAGGUGGGUAUUACCAUUAUGCCUAUUCAGUCCUAAGAGGAUGUGAUCGUGUCAUCCCAGUGGAUAUUUAUGUUCCAGGAUGUCCCCCAACAGCUGAGGCUCUGUUAUACGGAGUACUUCAGUUGCAAAAGAAGAUCAAGCGAAAGAGAGAAGCUCAAUUGUGGUACAGAAGAUAG